GCUAACGGCUAUUCCUAUUCAAAAAUGUACCAUCAGCUGUUCAAGUCCUUGGAGUACGCUGCCCUUCACCUUCUAAAUGGGUUUGACAGAAUUGGCCAUGAACAGCCAAACUGCGAUCAGACCUACGUCAUGUACCACGGCACCACCUGGACCAAUGCAACGGCCAUCCAGCGCGAUGGUUUCAAACAGUCUGCGGGCGGGAUGCUGGGCCGUGGCGUCUACCUCAGCUGUGACCUGAACAAGGCCAGCAGGUAUCCCAUCAACACUCCUGACUCAGAGCGGGUGGUGUUAAUGGUGGAGGUCAACGUGGGGAACGUGAUCGCGAUUAACUACCAGGGCCAUCCUCGCCAGAAGAACUGGCAUGAUCGCCGGUUCAGGGAGUCUUACGACACUGCCUGGUGCCCCCCGGACUGCGGCAUGACGAAGAGCGGCUUGGAGGAGGACUGCGUCUGGGACCCAGGCCGCAUCAAGAUAGUCAAGUGUAUCGCUCCGAUCACGAGGUCGGAGGGGUCGGAGAGGUCAGAGGGGUCGGAGAGGUCGGAGGGGUCGGGGGGGUCAGGGGGGUCGGAGGGGUCAGGGGGGUCGGAGGGGUCGGAGAGGUCGGAGGGGUCGGAGGGGUCCGGGGGGUCGGAGGAGUCGGAGGGGUCCGGGGGGUCGGAGGGACCUCACGACUGCGAGAUCGACCUCCAACCCGGCUCCGUUCCGCCUACGGGCCGCCUGUACGCCCUGGCCGCCCCUGAGGGAGAAGCAAUGGGCACGUACGUUAAUAAUUCUCUAUUGGCGGGCAUCAUCCGCCCUUCCUCAUCCCCGGCAGGAGCGGGGUUUUUCUUUGUUGCAAAGAGGGAUAAUUUGCUUCGUCCUUACAUUGACUAUCGAGGGUUGAACAACAUUCUGAUAAAGAAUCAUUACCCUCUGCCACUCAUUGCAUAUGCCUUUGACGAGCUUCUAGAAGGCGCCACCAUCUACGCCAAGCUCGACCUACACAACGCCUGUCAUCUGGUUUGGAUCCGCGAGGGACACAAAUGGAAGUCUGCUUUCAACACCCCCUCCGGCCACUGCGAGUACCUGGUGAUGCCCUUCGGCUUCACAAAUGCCCUGAAUAUCUUCCAAGCCCUGUGUGAGUUCCACGUCCCAUCUGCCUCCUUCCUGGGGUACAUCGUAGGGAGGGGGGCCGGGCUGACGGACUCAGCCAAGGUCUCCGCCGUCACUACCUGGUCCGUCCCGCACUCCCGCAAACAGCUUCAACGUUUCCUGGGUUUCGCCAACUUCUACCGGAGGUUCAACAGAGGUUACAGCGCGGUGGCAACCCCCCUCACGGCCCUCGCCUCCUCAAAAGUGCCUUUCCAGUGGACGUUGGCCGCCCAUGACGCCUUCCAGGCCCUCAAGGCACAUUCCUAUUCAAAAAUGUACCAUCAGCAGUCUUACUCCUGGGAGGAAGAUGACUUUCAGCUUCCAUAUGGAGUUGAGAAAAUUGGCCAUGAAAAGCCAAAUUGCGGUCAGACCUACGUCAUGUACCACGGCACCACCAGGACCAAUGCAACGGCCAUCCAGAGAGAGGGGUUCCGCCAGUCUGCGGACGGGCUGCUGGGCCGUGGCGUCUACCUCAGCCGUGACCUGAACAAGGCCAGCAGGUAUCCCAUCGACCCCAGUCUACCUGACUCAGAGCGGGUGGUGAUCAGGGUGGAGGUCAACGUGGGGAACGUGAUUGCAAUUAACUUCCAGGGCCAUCCUCGCCAGAAGAACUGGCAUGAUCGCCGGUUCAAGGAGUCUUACGACACUGCCUGGUGCCCCCCGGACUACCGCAUGACGAGGAGCGGCAUGGAGGAGGACUGCGUCUGGGACCCCAACCGCAUCAAGAUAGACAGGUGUAUCGCUCCGACCCCUAUGGCUGGGCCAAAGCCCGGCCAUCGCUUCUAGAAAUAGAGUGGGAGAACACCUCAUGUUGAGGUUAAAAAUAUUAGAAGAUUUGCCCCAUUCGGUCAAAGCUCUGCUUUUUGAUACAAUUUGAAUUUUAAAA